GGCAAAGGGAGUUGAAAGAGCAAAGGCAAAAAAGAGAAGAAAGGGUUUGCUAGCUACUUUAGCUCUCUCUGAGUGAGUUUUGAGUGUGCUUUGUUUGUUUAAGAGGAUUGAAAUGGAAGUAAUUAAGAAGAUGAAGGGAGGGGUGGAGGCUAAAAAAAAUGAAGCAUUGACGAUGGUGAAGGAAGAGGUAGAGGCGAAGAAAGAGGCCAUUAUGAAGGUGAAGGAAGGUGUACAGGCAAAGACAGAGGAAGCAUUGAGGAAGGUUAAGGAAGGUCUAGGGGCAAAGACAGAGGAAGCAUUGAUGACGGUAAUGGCUGAGGUAGAGGAGAAGAAAGACGAGUUUAUGAAGGUGAAGGAAGAUGUGGAGGCGAAGAGAGAUACGUUUAUGAAGGUGAAGGAAGAGGUAGAUGCGAUGAAAAGGGAAGCAUCGAUGAUGGCGAAGGAAGGUUUAGAGGCGAAGGCUGAGGAAGCAUUGAUGAAGCUGAUGAAAGAGUUAGAGGCGAAGAGAGAUGCGUUUAUGAAGGUGAAGGAAGACGUAGAGGCGAAGAAAGAGGCGUUUAUGAAGGUGAUGGAAGUGGCAGAGGCGAACAAAAAGGAUGCAUUGAUGAUGGUGAAGGAAGGCGUAGAGGCAAAUACAGAGGAAGCACUGAUGAAGGUGUUUGAUGAGGUAGAGAAUAAGAAAGAGGCGUUUAUGAAGGUGAAGAAAGAUGUGGAGGAGAAGAUAGAACCAGUAAAAACUUUCAUUCUCGGAGCAUUGGCUUGUCACUCUUCCAAAAUUGGAGAUACCGUACCCUCAAUUUUGUAUCCUGUGGUGAAUAGUCCACCUGUUGAUGUACCUGUCCAACAAUCUCAUGUAGAUGGAACAUCCUACACUGGAAACAAGCACUUUAAAGGUUUUAGUUCUUCAACUCAAAACAUUCAGGAGCAAAAUGGAACUUAUACUGACUUAGAAAAAGGGAGUACAAGUGGAAAUGGAAUAGAAACCUUGGGAAGCAGAACUGCUGAGGGAACCAUAGAAUUAUGCCUUGAAAAUUUAUAUCAACAGCAGGAGUCACAAGAAUUCUAUUGUCCUCGUUGUAAUACCCGCAUCAAAAAAGUACUAAUAAAACCUCCUGAAGAAGAUAUAUUUAGAUGCACAAACUGCUUCGCUUUCCUCAUCCCUGGAGGCAAUUGUUUAUGCAACAUAUUUCGAUCAAGAAAACAAGAUGAACAACAACCAGCGAGAGCUGAACCACGUAGUAGUAAAUCAUGGCAGAUUCUAAAAAGCAUUGUAUAUGGUGGUUUAGCUGAAUCAAUUACAAGCUUAGGCAUUGUGACUUCCGCAGCUAGUGCUGAUGCUGCCACAUUGAAUAUAAUGGCUUUAGCAUUGGCAAAUCUGAUUGGUGGACUAGUCACCAUUAUACAUAAUCUUUGGGAAUUCAAAAAUGACGACUCAACUGUGAAAUCGGAAGACACUGGCUUACAAGUGGAUCGUUACCAGGAAAUACUGGGGAGGAAAGAGAAUUUCUGUCUUCAUGCAACAGCUGCUAUAUUAUCUUUCCUUAUUUUUGGAUUAGUGCCGCCUGUUGUCUAUGGCUUCACGUUCCGUGAGAGUGAUGACAAGGACCUAAAGAUUGCAGCAGUUGCAGGAGCGUCUCUGAUAUGCAUCAUAUUACUUGCGCUUGCAAAGGCUCGCACUCAGAGCAAUCCCAAGUAUAUCCUAACGGUUGUUCAAUAUGUUGGCGUCGGAAUCGGGGUCUCAGUUGCCUCUUAUGUGGCCGGUGACUUGCUUGACAGAUUAUUGGAGCAGCUUGGCUGGUUCCAGCAGACGCAUGGAGAUAAGACUUUUCCCCUUCCCCAGUUUAUGUCCAUGUGAUGGUUACGUUGAAGCCUUACACCGGAAUCCUUCAAGUAUAUUAAUUACAAUUGUGGAAAUUUUCUAGUGUGAGUCUUUGAAGUUCAAGUCCUACUUCAGCAGUACCAAUUUCCGUUUGGAUCUUUUUUUCAGCUGUUUAUAGCACAAAAGUUAGCCAUGGUAGUUCGAGAUAGUUGGGCAAUGUAAGAAAGUUCCAUGUAAUAAAAAUAAAAAAUGAAA